AUGCACAUUCACACUGGAGAGAAGCCGUUUGGCUGUAAAAUAUGUGGCGCCAAGUUUUCUGACAGGUCGUCUGCUCUGAAACACGAGAAAAAGCAUGACCACAGAGAACGUCAACCGAGUCUCCGCUGCCUUUUGCUGUCUCAGUUCCCAACAGGGGGCACUUUAGGUCAGGCCCAAGACAGUCCACAUCCAUCCGUGACUUUUGUUAUAAAGGAUGAAAUGGCAUCCUCGACCAAUCAGCAACAGUUCAUCUCCAUGCUUCAAAGACAGAAUCCAGUUGAUGUUAUACAAACAGUGACUACAUCUGCCACACCACACACAGAGGAAUAUGUGCACAACAUGGCACAGUCUGUUGAUACCAUUGGCCACACAGGGGCGCUGAUGUCUGCCAUGACAGGACCAGACCCAGGUCACGAGAUUCCUGAACCGGCCACCAUGGUGACAUUGUCCUCUGAGGAUUUGUACACUAACUGAACUAUGGA